UUCACGCUGUGUUAUUGCCAAGUUUACGAUUUAUUAUCAAGUUUACCCAUAUAGGUAAAGCUGUUCGACGUCAUCUUUUGAACUUUAAAAUGAUUCUUUCGCGUAAUGAGUUUAUUUGGAUCUUUUAAACAAAAUUGGAUUUCAUUAAAAUAAAAUUUGUGUUUAAUGAAUGUACGAGAGAGAGAAAAUCGAAAUAAUUUCGAAAAUUACGAAUUAAGGACAACGAGAAGACUUUGGAUUCUAUGGAAAAUCGAAAAUUUUGCGAGAAAUUGGACCAAUUUGGAACUAAAAAGCCGCAGAUGCAGAACAGUUUGCAGAAGAAAAACUUAUUUGUCACACUUUUGGAAAUCAACAGCUUUUUUUGAGAUGAAUGAAAAUAAUUUAAAAAAAUUAAAAAGGGAAUUUUUCAAAUUCAUUAUCAAACUGACCGAGGUAAUUCCACGCGAAGAGAUGACCACAUGGGAUAAGGAAGAGGUAAAAGCGAGGAUGAACAAAAAUAAAGUGUAUCGAUGGGAAAAUUGGUUGAAGAGAGAAACAAAUAUAUUUACCGAAGAGAAAGAAGAAACAUAAAAAAAAGAGGGUUGCAGAGGGGAAACGAAGAGAGCAAGCGGUGAACAUAUACGAGUGAGCGAAUAGCUAAGAAAACAAGAUAUUGGGGGUGGGGUAUUUGGAGAGAAAAAAAAAAAAAAGUAGAAGGAGAAGACUACGGACGACGACGACAACGACGACGAUGAAGAAGAAGAAGAAGAAGAAGAAGUUGAAGGUGGUGGUUGGUUUGGAGGAGGAAAAGAACGAAGCCAGGAGAACCAGCCUCCGCCGCAAGUAACCACGUGUUCAGUAUAGUAGCGCGUUAUGACCCGGAUGUUAGAUUGCAGCUGCAGUUUCGCGAGAACCUGCCGACCCGGAUGUCCCUCUCGACGUCGUUUAACCAUCCUCCACUAAUGUCCUCCUCCUGGUCAUCGAAAUAUGUUCAAUCGGAUAGAUGCGAGCAAGUCGACGAAAGGUGCGAGCAAAUUACGAAGGGACCUGAUAAACGCAGAAAUCGCGAAUCUACGUGAUCUUCUGCCUCUUCCGCCUUCAACGCGACAGAGGCUCUCUCAACUUCAACUUAUGGCAUUAGUUUGUGUCUUUUUACGUAAAGCCAACUAUUUUCAGCACGCCCUGAAAAGCAGCCCCGCGGAUUCGUCAAAUAUCCCGACACCCAAUAUAGGAUUUUCCAAAGCCAUGUCUGGGUUUAUUAUGAUGAUGACGCAACAAGGCAAACUACUGUACAUAUCUGAAAAUGCUGCUGAAUACCUUGGGCACUCUAUGGUAAAAAAAAACGAGGACCUCUUGAUUCAUGGAGAUAGCGUUUACGACGUGAUCGAUAAACAAGAUCAUAUGACGGUGCAAAAUCAAUUGGCUCGAAAUAGUCCAACGGCCGAUGACAAAAGACUCUUUCUCUGUCGAAUUAACGUGUCACGAAAUUCUCGUCGACAACUACGAUUCGGCGAUCAAAAGGUUGUUUUGGUGGAGGGCCAUUAUUUGCCAUUUGUGCCACUUUGUAAUCGUAAUGAAUCAGUUUUUUUGGCUUCUUGUACCCCAGUGGUUCUUCCUGAGACAAGAGAAAGUGUCGUUCAAGGCGCCACGAAUAUUUUUACCACCAUUCAUUCAAUGGACAUGAAGUAUCUUCACAUUGAUAAAACUGCAGAAAGUCAUAUGGAAUAUAGUCGUUCUGAGCUGGUCGGUGUUUCCUGGUACAAUCUUCUUCACUGGGAUUGCAUACGAACAGCUUAUUGUAAACAUCAAACUGUCAUUCAAUCGGAUCAAGAGCGUUCGAGUACAGCAUUAUUGAGGCUACAAAAUCGUUCCGGGAGAUGGUUUUGGAUACAUUGUGUUCUUCAAGUCAAAGAUAGUUCUGAAGAGUGUCAGCAUCCCAUUAUUGUUUGCACCAAUCAAGUAUUAAGCGAAAAAGAGGCGGAAGUGAUGCGAGCGAGUACCUGGCUCUAUCAGUAUUCAUCCCAAUCGAAGUUUACCUAUGGUAUUUGUCCAACAGGACAAAAUCAAACAAUUCCCUAUUCGCAUCAUCAUCAUCAUCAUCAUCACGAUUAUGUGAGAUCGAGUUUUAUUCCCGAAUCAGAAUCGUCGCCAUCGUAUCCAAUUGAAGAAUCGUGGAAGGAUCGUCCUGUUAAAUCUGAGGGCGAUUAUGUAAUGCCAAAAUGUGGAAGAUUAACAAGCGAAGAAGCUGAACCUGUUGAUAUGUCAAUUAAUAGUUCCACGGAACAUGAGAAUAGAAUUCUUCAUCAUUCGCUUGUUCAUUCGUCAUCAUUAAAUUUUACUCCAAAAUCACAUCAUCAUCAUCAUCAUCAUCAUAAGGUACAACAACAAAAAUGUUUGACAAAUUCUGUUUAUAGAUCGAAAUUAACACAUGUUCCUAAUCAAUUUACAACUGGCGAUACGAAUAAGUAUAAUAUCAUUGAUUUGGAUAAAGGACAUGUGGAGGGUUGCGAUAAUAGAAAUUAUUCUCAUAAGCGAUUGGUGGUGAAACCAUUGCCACAAAUGACAGAACCAACCGAUUCUGUCGAACAUUGGAGCUCGAGUCCAUUAUGGUCCGAUACUUUGCAAAGGGUACCCGAUGUUGUUCACCAGGACUUGAGUCCCUAUAUAACUACCCCAACUACUCCGGCUGAUACUCCGGACUCGGAGUUACAUUCGGAUGCGCCUGUGUUCAAUUUUGACUGGACUGGAGAGCAGCAUGUGCCAAAUCUGAAGAUCUUCCGCAACACUAACCAUGAAACGAGAAAAACUCAUGACGUUCAGCCGAUAACUCUUCAGCUUCCGAAAAAGAAGAAUCAUUCUGAACAGUCGAGAGAUUUUUCCAAGUGAAUAAUAGAAAAAGGCUUUAGAUUGUUUUUUUUUCCUUUUUUUUUUUUAAGGAAAAUUUUCUAAAUUUUCUAAAUACCCUACAUCGAGCCUAAUUCACGACUCUAUUAACAAAAAUUAAUGGAAUUCAAUUCAAGUAAGAGUCUAUUUUAAUAUAUAAUUUAUUUUAUUUUUUUUUUAAAUUUAAGUUAAAACUAUUAAUUUAAAUUUAGAAAGAUUUUUUUUAUUAAUGUUUUUAAGUUUUUAAAUUUGCAAAAUUUAUUAUUUGUAUAUAUUAUUUUAAAUGAUAGAUACAGAUAAUUAAUUUUAAAUAAUAUUUCAUUUUAAAUGAAAAAAAAGGGUUGAAUCCUUAAAAUUUUUUUCUGGAAAAAUUAAUUUCAUUUGAAAAGAACUCUUCAGUUUUGGUUUGUAGUUAGAAAAUUUUCAUCAUCGUCGAAUUAGUUUUCACUUUUCACAAACAAAAGUUGUUAAAGAAUUUUAAAGCUUUUUAUUUUACAAAAGAAGUAAAUCAAUAAAAAUAUUUUAUUAGUCAAAUUUUCUACAAAAUUAACAUAAAAUACUGAAUAAAGUAUAAAUAAAAAUUAAAUUGAAACAUUAAAAUAAAAGCGAAAAUUUGUUUUGUCUCCUUAAUAAAAAAGAAGAUUAAUUAAUUCAAUGUUUAGAAUUCAAAAAAUAUUUUUAAAAUUAAAAACUAUGAUAAUGAAAAGAAUUAAAAAAUUAUAAAACUAGUAAUUAGAAUAAAAUUGAAUUGAAAUUGAAAAUUUCAAAUAUUCUUUAAACGUAAGAUGAAUUUUCAAUUGUUGCCUUUGUUUUUAGAUUCGAAAUUUUGAGAUUCUUUAACGAAUUUUGUAAUCGAAACCGCGAGUGAACAAUUUUUUCCGAUAAUUUUUUUAGUUUAUAGAUAGUAAAGACAAUAAAAGUAGUUAAAACAGAUAUUAAAAUAAUUACUGUAAAUAUACGAAGCGAAAUUCAAUUCAACAAAUUGAAAAAAAGUAUUUUGAUUUUCAAUACAAAGUUGAAAAAAAUUCUCAAAAUUCAAGAUUAUGGGAAAAUUUAUUACAAAUAUAGAUAAUUAAAUUGUAAUUAAAAAUUUUUUUCAAUUAAUAAUUUAAUUUGAAAUAUAAUAAUGAAUUUCAUAAAUACGCUUUACAAUUUGCUGUUAAGAUUUACGUCGUAUAUAUUUAAAUAAAAAAAAAAAAAAAAAAAAAAAAAGUAGAAAAGUGCUGCAAAUACAGAAAAAUCAUUUUUGUAUUUUAUAAAUUUAAAAAAGUCAAUCAGUAUUUUAUUUUUACGUUAUUUAAAUUAUAAAGUUGAAUAUAUAAAUGAUAUCUACGAAUUAAUAUUAUUUUAAAUAAAAAGAAAAACUAUUCUGCUUUUUAUCAUCAUCAUUAUCAUCAAAAUAAUUUAAUUAAUACCCAAGAAAUUAAUUAUUUAAAAUUUCAUUAUGAAAACGAAUUAAUAAUUCACUAAAAAUUAAAAGAUUAACAAAAUGCAAUUGCGACAAUAUAAAUAUAAUAAUAAAAUAAUAUUUUAUGCACGCUCAAUAUCACAUGAAAAUUUUAUUCAGUAAAAUUGUAUUUUUAGAUAAUAUAAAAAGAGAAUGACAUAUGAGAAAAACUACUUUUAUAGAGAAAAACAGUGUACAUUAUGAUGACAGCCAGUAAACUCUUGAUGGAUAGCAUCUCUUGAGGGUGAAAAAAAAAUGGCUUUUUUUUCUUACUUUUAACAUCUCAUCGUCUAGACAACUAUUGCUCCCCAAAAAAAAAGAAACGAUAGAUUUAAUUUUCCUAAAAUUUAAUUUUUGAGUAAACAAAAUUAUAGGAUUAAAUUAAAUUUAUCGAAAUUUUGAAUAAAAUUUUAUAUUUUAAUUUUUAGAAAAUGAAAUAUUGAAUUUUCGUUCAAGUUUUUUUUUUUUUUUUUUUAUUUUUCAGAGUGAAAAAACUCUCUUAACAAAAUUGGGAAUAUUUUUUGUACUAUGGGAAUUUUUACUGAGACAACAUAAUUUUUCCUUUUAGAAAUGAAAAGCACUCGGGGUCAUUUAUAAGGCGGGGAAUCUUGCUUCUGCUUUUACUGCCUCUUAGCACUUCACCGUUUGACCCCUUUUAAACUUCUUCAGCCCCAUUUCUUUCUCGUUGCUCACGUAAAUGCUCUCGAUAGUCUUUAUAAUUUUUUUUUUUUUUUUUUUACCUCCCUUUUUUCACCCACACAACUUUAAUCGAUUUUCCGCACUUUUCCCUCUUCAGAAAUAGAGAAAAAAAAACAAUUUUUUUUUUAUUUUUAUUUUCCAAUAAAUAAAAAAAUUUUCUUUUUUUCUAUUGGAAAUUUUUUUUUUCGUUUUUAAUUAAAAAAGAAAAGACUAGAAUAUAAAUAUAUAAUAUUUUUGAGGAGUUGAGAGACAGAAAAGGAGAAAAAAGAGAAAAAUUCAAGACCCUGUUAAUCUUCUCUUUAAAGUCAGAAGAGCAUUUUUCCUAAUGCUCGAGGUACUCUUGAUGAAAUGAAUGCGGCAACAGAGAAACAAAGAGAAAUUAAAAAAGAGAAAGGGGGAAAAAAAAGAGUGAAAUAAGUGCAGCAUGUAAAUAUAAUAAAUGGGGUCGGAAGCAGUGAAACGAUCAUUCAAGGGUCAGAAAAAAAAUAGAAGAAUACAUCUAAUAUUUUUAUAUCCAAUUUUUUUUUUUUUUCGAAAGAAAAAAAUAAUUUAAUAUUGUUCAUUCCCAGGACAUUCAAAGGUUAAUUAAAAAAAAAAAGGCAAAAAAAUAUUUUUUUAAAAAAUUCUUUUUCUAUACAGUGUCUCAUUUUAACUUAUCGAAAUAAUUUUUUUAUUUGAUUUUAGAAAAAAAAAAAUUUUUCCGACUUUUUAUCGAAAAAAAUAAUUUUUUUUUCUAAAAUCAACUGAUAAAAAAAUUAUUCCGAAUUAAAAUAGAAUCACUCGGUAUAUAUAUUUUUUAAUAUCACGAGACAAAUGUCUCUCUUAUAUAGCUCCCAACUUGACUUUUAUCUGAAUUUUUUAACAAGUUCCUCGAGAGCGAAAGAAACAAUGGAGAAUGCUAAUUUAAAAAAAAUUAAACAUUAAAAAACGAUGCGAAGUAUAAAAAUAGAAUGAAAAUGGUUUUUUUUUUGUUUUUUUUUUUUUUUUCUUAAGACAGAUUUCGUUUAUUUUUUUUUCGGUUUAAAAAUUGGACUUAGCCUCGUUUUUUUUUCACAGCGAGACUAUUUUUAAUUAGAAAAUUUUUUUUGGGGGGGGGGGGGGGUAAAUGAACUUAAAAAACAAUCUUUUGCUUAAACGAGAUAUAGAAUCGCUCGUUUUUUAAAAUUCAUUUCUUUUUACAAUUUUUUCCCCUCAAAUGCAUUUACAGUGGAUCAGUUUUUUUUUUUUUUGCAAAAAAUUAUUUUUCGAAAUUUAAUUUUUCUUUUAAAUAACGAAUUUUUAUUUAACAGAAUAAUUAUAAUUUAAAAAAAAAAAAAAGAAAUAAAAAAAAUUGAGCUGUAAAUGCAUCUCGAUCAUUAUAAACUGGACUCACAAUUUUUAAGAGUAGGCGUUUCUUGUUAUUAUUUUAAUUUUUAUUAUUAAUUAUAGAAACUUUGGCGAUAAUUUUUUUUAGAGACAUAGUUUCUGAAAUAUUGAGACAGAAUUUAAUAGGCAUAUAAUUUUUUUUAACGCCUAUCUUUAAAGUGAAAUUCAGAUAACGAUCGGAUAUAAAGGUCCAUUUGCGCAGAGAAAUAAGCAGACUGUGUGUAUGUGUAUUUGUAAUCAGAGAAAGUGGGCCUCAAACUUUUUGGCUGACAGGUCAAAAGUUCGAAAUGGACCGUAAACUUUGGAGCCCAUCGAUCUCGAUAUAAAUUGCGCUUCGAACUGUCGAUAGAGUUGACCUAAUUCAUAUUGUAAAGAGAAAGAGAGAAUUGUCUCCAUGAAACUAUGAUGGUGAUCAUUUUUUUUUUUUCCAUUAUUAUUGUGACGCAAUCAAUUAAUUCCUCAUUUUAUUUACAAUAAAAUUUCAAAUUAUCAUCAUCAAGAAAUUUGAGGCAUUUAUUUAUUUUUUUGUUCUCAAUAAUUAAUAAUUAUUAUUUUGACAAUACAAUUGUUUUUUUAUUCUAUAAUUUUAUUUUUGUAAAUAAUUAUUGAUGAACUGUUUUUUUUUUUUUUUGUAAUUAUAAAUUGAUUCUUUUUUUUCGUAAAUUUUCACUCAUAAUUCGUAAUUCAUAAAUAUAAAUUAACAAACAAUGUUAUUUGUUAAUUUAUGAUUAUGAAUUUAAUUAAAUUACGAUUUAUUGAAAAUUAGUUUUCUACAAUGAAGAAUAUUUUUAUUAAUAAUAUCGAAUAAAGGUAGAAAAUGGCAAUCGUCUCAAAGUGACACUAGUUUUAUUCUGAUGGACAUGAAACUCGAUAUGAAACUAAUUAGUUUUGUAUCGAAUUUCAUGUCUGCGCGAAUAAAAAAAAACUUAAGUGGAAUUUACUUCUGACAUGAUUUUUCGAUACAAAACCUUUAUUUCUGAUAUUCGCGUUUCUUCUAUUUUUUUUUUUUUUAUCGAAUUCAUUAAUUUAUACAGGAAUAAAAUUCCGUUUCGAAAAAUGAAUAAUUGAAAUCAAAUAAUUAUCAAACGAAUAUUGGGAGGAUAUUUUAUAAUUGUUUGGAAAUAUUUUUUCUUAGAAAGAAAAAUCCAAAAAAAAAUUUUUUUUAAUUUUCAAUUUUUUGCAAAAAGGAAAAUUUAUCUCCCAAAUUGAAAUCACACAGUCUACUUUUUCUCUGGCCCUCAUUUUUUUUUAUUUAUGAAUAAUAUAUUUCGUAAAAACAGUUUUUUUUUUUGUAUAAUAUACGUAUGUUUCUAACAAUUAAUGCCACUCAGCUCUAAUCAAUUCUCGCCGUGCUCCAAAGGGCUCAACAAUAUUACUUUGAGUGUGACCCGUUUUGUAUUUUUCGUUUUUUUUUCUUUUUUUUUUUCUUUUUUUUUGUCUUCUCUUAUCGACUUAUAAUAAUAUUUUGUUUUUUAAAUAAGCCUCUUUUCAUUCCCUGGUACGUUAUAGAUAAACGUCCUUUUCUCUAGACUACUUAUCAUUCUACACAUUCAUUGCUCAGUUUUUUUUUUUUAUGGGUAUCUUAAUUACAAGUUUUUAAAAUUUUUUUUUCGUUAAUAUAAAACACGUAUAUAAACAUAGACUGAGUACAUCGGUGUUUACAAUAUUAUUUAUAACUACCCUUUAUUUUUUUUUAAAAAAAUCGCGCACGUUACAUACGUUUCAUCGUAUACGUGUGUGCGAAUUUGUUCGUGCUUUUUUUUGUGUAUAUAUGAAAAGGAGAAUGCCAAUUUUUUUUUCUUUAAUUUGAAAAAUCGAUUUCUGAAAAUUAAUAUUGAAAAUAAAAUUAUUUAGAUAUAGAAAUUGUUGAAAAAAGCUCGAAAAUUCGAUCAAUCUUCAAAUUUCUCGCUCCUGAUUGUCAUUGCGAAUAGAUUUUUUUUUUAUUGUAAUUCUACUUCUAAUUUUAAUUAUUAUUCCAUCUGGAAAUAAUAAUUGCAGGGGGAAAUAAUUUUACAAAAUUAAGAGAAUCUAAAAUAAUAAUAUAAUUUAAUUUUUUUUAAAUUGAUAAAAAAAAAUAUUUUUUAAAACUUUUUUAAUUAUUAAAUUAUUGAGAAAUUUGAAAAAUGCUUAAAAUUAUUAAGAAUUAUAGAGAAAUUAUAUAUUAAUAAAAUGUGAAAAUAGAAAAAGAAAUUACACGUCAAUUUUUUUUAUCAGAUAUCGAUUUUUCUAAACUUCCAAUAUAAUUCCCAGCAUCCUCCCUUUUAUGUCUUCGUUUCCCAUUGUGCGUGGAGAGACAUGAGGACCCUUGUCAGAAAAAUCAUUUACAAAAAAUUCAAAAUCUAUUUAAAAACAGUUUUUUUUUUAAAAAACUGUUUUUGCAAAUUUUAACAAUAAUAGUGUUUUGGCUCAAUUCAAUACACUAUUUUUAAUUUUACUGAAAACAAAAAAUAUUUCUAAGCCAGAAAAAAAAUAAAUAUCGAAAAAUUAAAUAUUUAUUAUAGUAAUUUAUUAUUUUUUUAUAAUAAAUAUAAGAAAUAUUUUUAAAAAAUUAAUUUUUCCAACAAGGGGACAAAAGUGUUUUUGUUUAUUUAUUUAUUUUUUCUGUGUUGUGUAAAAAGUGCUUUCACCAAAUUACAAUAAAAAAUUGCAAAAUGAGAAAACACUCUUAAAAAAUUUUCGUUUCUCGAUCGUUCGAUUGGUAUUUUUUUUUUUUUUAAAUUCAGAAAAUUAAAUGUUUAUUUGCGAAAAAAUGUUUUUUUUUCAAAUAAACAUUUACUGAAUUCCACCUGGGAAAAUCGUUAAGCCAAGCUUAAUUUUUCUUCUUUUUUUUAUUAAUAUAUUAAUAUUAUAUAUAUUAAUAAAAAUCCAAUUUACGAGAUUGUUAUACAAUGAUACAAUAUAUUACAAUAAAUAAUGUUUACAAAUAUUUUUCCUCGGCGGAAUUCAGUUAUUUUGUUUCUCUCUCUUUUUUUUGUCGAGAUCACUAAUCUAUGAAACAAGCAAUUAUGCUUCAUCUAUUUUUUUCUUUUUUUAAUUAUAUUUCUUUGGUUUCGCUUUUUUUCUCGUUUUAAACUGGAAAUCUCUACGUUUUUUUUUCUUUUUUUUUUUUUUUUUUUAUUCGUCGAUAUCUUUUUUUAAAGCUUUGUUUGGCACGUAUAAUUAGAAUGUCAUUCAGUACGGAAGCAUUCGAUUCUCUGCGUCGUUUUUAUUAAAUUUUUUUUUAAAAACCCUUUCCCAUUGUCUUCCCAUCGCUAUAUAUUUUUUUUUAUCUCCCUUCAUCACUAUAUACCUAUAUAGAACAUUCAUUUACGAUUUUCUUACUACUUCUUAAAAUUAGAAAAAAGUCUUCCGUUUUUUUUUUUU